UGAAAGAUUCAGCCAGUAUGGAAAUUGCGUCGUAUUAAAAAAAAAAUACGUUACCAAUGUACCUACUACAGAAAUGUGUUAACACACCACAAAACCUGCAAUGAUGCGGACUCCGUUGCACGUUUCGCUUGAAACUAGUAGAAACGUUACUUCUAAUUAAAUACCAGUAGCUCCGCGGCGGAAAGCAACCACUUUCUAUUUACGUUUUACAAGCCGAGUUUACCCGAUUCGAUCGAACACUGCUAGAACUAAUGGUUUCUAUUUGUUGAAGUUACCAGUCGAAACAAAAAUCUAUAAGAACGUAUCACGAUAAUACGAGCAUUGUGUAUACAAUAUACCGUAUGUACUUCAAGCACGAGCAAUAAAGUCAUAGGAGUGUCAUUAAAUUAACUUUAGAAAGAUGUUCCUUAAUUCGUAGGAAAGUACGACGUCUCCGCGUUUAAACAUCGAUCGUUGAUUUGAAAAACUUAAUCGUUAAUUGCAUUUAACAUUUUUACAAUCCAAUCAAAACCAAAUGUUAUAGGCCUCGUUGCAUAGAAGACGUUUUAUACAUGGAAGCAAAUGAAAAUCUUAACGAUAUCGAACAUAUGUACUUCCAAUAGAAUAUACUUGCCGCACGCUUAUCGUUCCCUUCGUUCUCUCUACGUAAUAAACAUGAAAUUAACGGUGUAAGGGUGCAGUGUGCAAGAGACGAGUCGCCAUAGUCUCUCAGGGAGCAGCGCCUGAACGUAGAGCAUGGAAUACCGAGAGGCGAGGGGUUUUGGUGGGGACAAAUACAUUCGCCCCACCUUUCGGAACAAAUCUCCCUACUCCCCUAAAACGUUAGCACGUCGCGCUUCGCUAUCGCACGGAAUCACGGACAAAUCAAACAUGGCGAUUUAGUCGCUGUUUGCGGUGAAGGUGUACGGUUCGUAGAGCGGUAGCACAGAGUAUCGGUGGAUGAGGUAGUGUUUUUAACGGUAAUGUGUACUUGUACCACCGCAAAUCGCCGAAUUUUAGUCAAUAUUACGAACAUGGAAGAUCAUAAUGUCAAGACGAUGAUGGAGAAAGUGUCGGGCGGCAUCGAUGAACUACGUGACGCGAAGGGCGUAAAAGCAGAGCCGACGCCUGCGGCGUCAUCGUUGCCAGUUUCGGAACAAGUAUCGCUCUCUACUGGUGAAAAUAUUAAAGAGGGCAACUAUAUCAAUGGAAAAACUUGUAUUAAAUCAUUAAUAAAAAAUACGGGGAAAUUUGAAAGUGGAAGUGGUAGCGGAGAUCAAGAAGGAUGUCAGUAUGAGGAUGGAAAUGAUAUUGCAGCAAAGAAAAGAAAGACUCGUAGAGGUGGACGUAAGCAUAGAAAAUUAAAACCAUAUUCAAAACAGCAAUUAUCCUAUCAACAACAGUUGCGAUAUGGAUCUAGAGGCAGACUAGCAAAAACUGGUAGACAACCUCCAGCGCCAUAUAACACAACACAGUUUCUUAUGGACGAUCACAGUGAUCUUCCAGAUCUUGACCAAAAGCUUUCAGAAGCCGCGUCGUCAGAAAUUCUUGCUACAUUUCAAAAACCGUCAGCCCCGUCUCGCACUCGAGACUCUAGUUUCAGUGUUGACUCUGACGAGGAUUAUUUUUAUUCAUCUCCAGAAGAUGAGGAAGAAUUUUUGACAAAGGAAUUUUCAACUGCGUACGAAGAUCUUCAUGCCGAAAGAUUAAGCACAUUAAGUAAAUCAGAACUGAUACAGGAAUAUCUACAAUUAGAGGCUAAAGUAGAUUUACUGACAAAACGGUUACGUGGUAAAAACUUUCAUCAGACAGAAGAACGAGAUCUAGAAAGUAAAAGUAAUAGUACAGAUUCAGAGUCUGCAAAAAAGUUAAAAAUAUGUCAACAGCGGAUUGACGAUUUAAUGCAACAAAAUGAACAGUUAAAGAGAGAAAACGAAUCAUUGAGGGCUCAAAGACACGGCAGUCUAGUUUCAAGUGUUGAUAGCGAAAGCGACAGUGAUAGUACAAGUAAUGGAAAUAGAAGCAGAUGUAGUUGUCCUCUUUCAAGUCCUAGCUCUUCUCCAGAACAUGUAGGAUAUGCUUCUAGACGUGAAAGUAGUCAAAGGAAAGACAAUUCAGUGUCUAGUACCGGCAGUAAAAGUGACAGUUGUAGUACUAACUUAAGUGAGAGUUCUAAGGAAUCUGUGACACCGGUUAAUCUCUCAAAUGGUCAUGUAACUAUUCAAGAAAUUGAUGGCCUUCCCACAUAAAUUAUAUGAAGCUGUUUUUAUAUUAAAAGUCUAUUUAAUGUUUGAAGAAUCAACAUACAAGUUACAUUGAAUAUGUCAUUGGUCCGUCACAUUUGCUUUAAACCUAUUAAUCUAAUUAGAAGACUGGUUUAAAUUAAUUUUGUUGCAUUUAAGCAACAAUGGUCCUCUUCCUGAUGUUGGUUAUACAACCUUGGUCUAUCAUUGAAUAUGCUCUUGUGAUUUACUUCCUAUAUUUCUUUUAAGAUUUUCUUGUGUAAGAAAUUUGAAUGUGUAAUGGAGUAAGAAAAUACAUACCCAAUCUUGUGGAAGAGCAAAACUUAUACUUGUGCAAGCUAUAUUGUUACUCGCUUGAUAAAAUUUCUAAGAGUUGCACAUUUGUAGUAUUUGUAGAUAUAACAUUAUUUUGUCUUACUUCAUUUCAUACUACUUGUAAUACAAUUGAGCUAAUUUUUUUCUUUAACAGCUUGUUUUCAAUGAACUGCCAUUUAAAAAUACUGAAUGUGAAAAUUUGUGUUUUACAGACCAUCAGCUAAUAAAUUAUGAAAUGCCCAUCUAGACACAACAAAAAAGAAUACAAUCUAAUGUUAAACUGUAAUUUAUAUUGUAAGAGUUUAAACAUUAUUGUACAAUUGUAUAGACAUAAGAUAUAAGAUUAGAUGUUAGUUUAUGGUCUGAACAUACAAUGUAUUAAAGUAUUUCGCACUUAACAUUUUUAAUAAACUUAAAAGUUUUUCUUUCUUUUUAUUAUGGUUAUUCUCCUAAACACAAUGCAAGAAGACAGAGCAUAUUUUGAAGUCGUAUGUAAACAUAUC